GCACGCCAGCAGGCAGCGCCCCGCCCAGGGCGUUCGCGCGCCCCCCCUCCACGCCCCUGCUGCUGCUGCCGCCGCCCUCGGGCGCGGCGUGCAGCGGUCGGGCGCGGGCGCCAUGAGAGCGCGGGCGCCGCCGCCGCUGCUGCUGCCGCUGCUCGCCGCCGGAGCGGGCGCGGCGUCGACGCCGAGGCUGGAGAUUGCUCCAGGCGUCCACAUGCCGCUGGUCUCGAUCAGCACGUGGACGGAGGACGAGCGGCCCACGCGCUCCAACAUGUCCGAGAUCAUCACCUCGUGGCUCGGCUCCGGGUACGGCAUCGACGCGGCGAGCGUCGCCGCCAACCAGCGGGACGUGGCCCGCGCGAUCAACAUGAGCGGCAUCGCGCGCCGCGAGCUCUUCAUUGCGUCGAAGAUCCCGACGUGCAUGGGCGAGACCACGGCGCAGACGCUGAUCCAGCGGGAGCUCCGCACCCUCGGGCUGGACUACAUCUUCUGCCCCGGCACCUGGCGGGCCCUGGAGAAGUUCCGGUCGGACGGCAAGCUGAAGAGUAUCGGCGUCAGCAAUUUUGACUCUCAGCAGUUGGCGCGCCUUCUGCGGGUCGCCGAGGUGCCCCCCGCGGUCAACCAGGUGGAGUUCAACGCGCACAGCCGCCCCGACGACACCGAGGCGUUCUGCGCCGAGCACAACAUCACCAUCAGGGCAUGGUCGCCCCUGGGGGAGGCACGCGCUGACGGUGCUGACGAGCGGCGCCGAGCCGUUGGGCGCGAGCAUGGACCUCUUCGGAUUCUCGCUCAGCGAGGGCGAGGUCUCGAAGCUCGACGCGCUGAAGCGGGACCAGGUCAGCGGCGUGCGGGGAGGGGCGGCGGUGGAGCUCGCGUAGCUUGCCCUGCACGCUCCAGGUCUUGGGCCUGGAGGAGUGACCACGGUGAGAGGUCCCAAUGGCACGGAAUGCACGGUCGCAGCUCCUUCCUUCUUUCUCUCG